AUGAUGAACUCAGCUGUUGGACAUCUGGUCCGUCGUGGCAUCACGGCCACCUUCUCGAGCUCUCAGGCUAUGAACUUUGAGAACUUCGAGAAUGGCUCUCCCAAGUCUCCUGAGCCCGAGUUGAAGUUUCCAGCAUGGGGUAUGGUCUUGUUGGGUACGACAGUCGUGGUGUACUUCUUUGCGGCUAGCAUGAUUGAAUAUACCUUCGGCCGCAUUAUUCCUACCCUCAUCAUGAUCGAAUCUCCAGCCGAAAUCGCUUUCGAACCCCUCUCAACCGACGAGACCGAUGCCAGCCUGAACAAGACUUCCCAGGUCGAGACCGUCAAGCCACGAGCCAUUACCUCCAGCUUCAAAUCCUCCAUUCAGCUCUUACAAUCGAAGGGUGGAUUCCGUGCUCGUUUCAGAGGUAUCUCAGUCUACAUCGUCAAUUCGAUGGUUGUACAAUGGGUUUCGCAAUUCCUGUCCGCCAUCCCAUUCAUGCCAGCACCUCUCUCGAUCCUCGCUGCCAUGGUCCUUUGCGCAAACCUCUCCCUCUGUUGGACUCUGAUCGUCAUCUCCGACCCUAGCCCAAAGACCUGGUUCCGUCGCAUGCCGACCCUCAGUAUGUGGAAGAAGGUCGCCAUUCCAACCGCUCUCUUGAGCGUCUCUGAACAAGUCGCAAUCUUUGCUCCUCUCUUCCUCGCCCUGGCUAUGGGUCUCGACCGAGAAGAUCCAAGACAAAUGCCAUAUUAUACCUCCAAGGACACCGGAAUCAUGGCCGCAAAGAGUUUCGCCGUUAUUGCCCUCGCUGUGGUUCUUGGCGUCUUCCUCGUCAUCCCAGCCAACAUCGCUCUUACCCGUGUUCAAGCUUCCCUCAUUCCCGAGGCUGAGGAGACUAUCGUUCCAUUCGACCGCAGCUUCAACGGCAAAGUCGUCCCAGAAAUUGUCGGCGGAACUGGUGUCAUCGGAAUGAUGGAUGCGUGGAAGACUUUCGACUGGGCUGCUCGCAUCAGGCUUGUCAAGGCCUAUGUUAAGGUUUUUGCCAUGCAACUCGCUUUGACCUUGGCAUUUUUCUUUGUUCUCACUGCCCAAUUCUUCAUGAUUGUUGGUAAGGAUUUCAAGAAGUAUGCUCCAAAGGAUGGUGCCAACUAG